AUGAUUGGAUACACAAGCCCACCGAUCCCUCUCGUCGCCGCCAAACACGGCCCUGAUUGUUUUUGCGGCGAUAGGGCUGCUACAGCGACACUGGCCGACAAGCGCAACCAUCAAAUAUACGAGAAACGGCAUUUAUUUCUGUAUCUGCUUGCGCGUGACAACAUGACAACCCCGUGCUACUGGACGAUCGCGGACACCUUAAUGAAGGCUGCCGACAAUGUAUUGGAUCUCGACGCCGAGUUGGUUGGUUAUAUAUCACACCGCAUCUUCCAAAUGUCCCAGGAGGAUACCGUGUUGCCUAUGAUGGUGUUUGUCUUGGCUGACGUAGUGAUAAACAAUGCCGACAGGUUCAAGGCUCACGAUCUUGGUUCACUGUUUAACCUACUUUCACGUGGUAAAGACUCGGCCGAACACAUUCUUCGCGUACAACGCACUUUGGACAAUAUCUGUUUGAAGCUGGUUGUCCACGUUGCAACGACGAACAUCGGUGAACUCCAUAUCUAA